GACUUAUUCACUUCCUGGUUGUCAGCUCGGUGUUCCUCCACAGCACUUCCCUGGAAGCCGACUCACCUUCCCCAAGUCACGACUCUUCACUUUCAUCUUGUUGACCUGCGACUCGGCGAUGUCGGCUCGCUCCUCCGCCUCCUCCAGCUCGUGCUGCACCUUCCUCAGCUUGGCCAGCGGCUGGUUGACUGAUUCAGCUCUGCAGCUCAACAGAGGAGCAGCAUGAAGCCGGCAGCCGUGAGCUCCACCGCACCAGAGGAGGAGACUGACGACAGACCUCUUCCCCCAGGAUGGAGGAGCUACACCUCACCUGAGGGACAGAGGUACUACGUCAACAGCUACAGUAAAGAAACAACAUGGCGGCGUCCCUCCCUGUCAGCUGAGGCCCCACAGAGGCUGCUGGCACGACACCAGUCCUCACCAUAUGCUAACGGACGCCACAGCAGCACAAAGACCAGUCAGCCCACGGAGAUCGCUGAUGUCGCUCUGAGGAAACCCACCACGAACAAACAGCCCCCCGGCUCGGUUUCGCCGGCCAAGAGGCAGAUCAGGGAGGUCAAGGAGACCAAGAUCACGAUCAACUGUGUGACUUUCCCUCUGCCUGGUGAAGGUCCGGAGCAGCAGCUCCUGAAGCCCAACGAAUGGAGCUACUGCGAUUACUUCUGGGCCGACAAGAAGGACCCCCAGGGGACGACCUCGGUGGCGGGUUUCGAGGUUCUCCUGCAGAAGCAGCUGAAGGGCAAACAGAUGCAGAAGGAGAUGGCCGAGUUCAUCCACGAGAGGAUAAAGAUUGAAGAAGAAUACGCCAAGAACCUCUCCAAGCUGUCUCUGAGCCCUCUGGCGCUGCAGGAGGAAGGGACUCUGGGAGAAGCCUGGACUCAGCUGAAGAAGAGUCUGCACGACGAGGCCGAAGUUCACCUCAAGUUCUCCAACAAGCUCCACACCGAGGUAGAAAAACCCUUGCUGACGUUCAGGGGCGACAACUUCAAGAAGGACCUGAAGAAGUACGACCAUCACAUCGCCGACCUCAGGAAGCAGCUGGCGAGUCGCUACGCAGGUGUGGAGAAGGCCCGUAAAGCCCUGGCAGACCGACAGAAGGAUCUGGAGGUGAAGACCCAGCAGCUGGAGAUCAAACUGAGCAACAAGACGGAGGAGGACAUAAAGAAGGCCCGGCGGAAAUCCACACAAGCAGGAGACGACCUGAUGCGCUGUGUGGAUCUGUACAACCAGACUCAGUGCAAGUGGUUCGAGGAGAUGGUGACCACCAGCAUGGAGCUGGAGAAACUGGAGGUUGAACGGAUCGAGUGGAUUCAGCAGCAUCUACGCCAGUACACGACCCUGCGGCAUGAAACGGACAUGUUCAACCAGAGUAUGGUGGAGCCGGUGGACCAGCUGCUGCAGAACGUGGAUCCAUCCAAAGACAGAGAGCUGUGGGUGAAGGAGAACAAAACCAGCGAGGUCCGACCCGUGGAUAUGGACAUUUAGACCCGCCCUGACCCGGGAUCAGCCAUCCUGUCUUCAGUAUUGCAACACAACACAGAUCCACUGAGUUCCAGAACACUACUUCUAGUAACACUGAUCCAGGGACAGUGCAUGUUCAGACCACCGAGGUUCUGCUCAUCCUCUCUCUGACCGGAGCAUCAGGAGGAAAAAGGUUCUUAACUUAAACGCAGUCUGAGUGCAGGAAAAACCGUAACGGAUCACAGUACCAGCAUGUUCCUUCGAAAUUUUAACCCUAUCAUAACCAACAUUAGCUUAUUGAAUGCCAUUUAACAUAUUCUGCUGUUUACCUGUUGUAAAGUCGACACUAUUAUCAAAAAAAGAAGAAAAAAAAAAGAUUAUGUGUAUUUUGAAUCGUUCAGUUUCACUUCAAUCGACAUUUUUCCAGUUUGAGUAAAAACCAAAAGAAAAAAACUCUGAUUAUUGAUAUUAACCUUUAUUUUAGAUACGAUAUUGAAGCAUACUGAGCUCUUAGAAUGAAUAUGAUAUAUUUUCAUAUUUUUGCUGGUCCAUUUUGGUGGAAAAUGCAUGUUUUGACUAUCUUUGCUUUUACUGUGUACGGAGAGCUGCACGAUCUGCAGAAACCACGACGGUUGUUUUGUUUUUGUUUUUUUUUCCGGUGAAAGUCACUCGUUCAAGUGACAGAAAACAAUUUGGGAGCUUUUUCUCACAAACACACAAAGAGAACUUGUGUGUUCAGCGUUAAAAUCCAGUAACCUCAACUGUUUAAAACACAAACACACACACGCAAAGUGUUUUGGGAAUGUGGAUUUGUUCGCCACACGUCCGAACACGUGGUCGAUCAGAUUUAGGCCAGGGUCUUUUUUUUGGAUCAGUCCGGAGGGAAAAGAUGGUCCAAGUUACACUGAAACACCCUUUAGUGCCUCACGGUUAUAUACCUGGAAUGUCCUUGACAUAUUCUACUCUGCGUCAGUGUACAUUUGUACAUACAGGCUAGAUGUAUUUUGCUGUCAAAUGUUUAACAGGUCCCAGAUGUUCGGGCCGAUGAGGUGUUUGUACGGUACGAUGUUGUUCGUUUUAUUUUUGGUAAAUGUACAGAGAAUAUCUUUACGGCGGUGGUAACAGACGGACGAGGAUUAGAGCUCCAGUUUCUUCUCACAGUUCUGACUCUCAGAAUUAAAGUGAGAAUAAAAAGAUAAAGUCUGAGAUUUUAAAUUUCUUUACGAUGGUAAAAGAUGGUACAGAAGAGGAUGAAGGGCCACUGGAAAAAAAAUAAAAACAGAAAACAAUGGGUUCCAGAGUGAAGUUAGGAUUCCAAGAAAAAGUUAGAAACUCAAAGAAAAGUUAACAUUCCAAGAAAAUGGUCAGAAUUCUGAGAAAAAGUCAUAAUUCCAGGGAAAAAAAAGUCAGAAUUCCUAAAAAGUCAGAAUUCCAAACAAAGUCAAAAUUCCCCCAAAAAGUCAGACAUCCAAGAAAAAAGCCAGAAUUCUGAGAAAAGUGAAUGAUGGAGGUGAAAACUAAAUUUCUUUCUGUUUUUCCAGCGGUCUUCAUCCUCUUCAGUAAAACAGAAAACAUGCAGUAGAGGUGAUAAUAAAAUAUUAAAAACAGAAGAUGAGGGAUCGAUACGGAUCGAUCUGGACUGGAUGUUACUGAUCGAUCCAGUUGCACAAAUGCAAACACAUCUUAUCAGAGAGUGCAUGUACAGUUGUGUGUCUGUGCUCACAUGUGUGUGUCUGUCUUUGUCUUUACGUUCUGUUGUGGUCCGUCGGUUCUGGAUUCGUUUGGGUCGUUAACGUUCUGUGGCUGUUUUUUUGUUCUUUUUGUUUGUUUUUUGUUUCUCAAACGCACGAAGCCAGUCAGAGAACACAGAGUCAUGUUGUAAUCCUACUCCAGCUGCCAGGCACAAAAAAAAAAAUGCUAUUAAAAAAAAAAUACAUAUAUAAAAGCUUACCUGCCUUAUCGCUACACUGAUGAAGUGCACCGCUUUAUUUUUUGGGGGGGUUAAUUAAAGAAGAAGUUAAUUUACACGAUGAAUGGAUUCAGCACAUUCAGACUUUGCUUUAAAACCCAGAACGGCUUCACGCGCAGGUCUGAAUAGCGUAUCUGUUGUAGAGGUUUUAUCAGUGUGUGUCAAUGUUGUGCACUAAAUGUGAAGAGUUAUUACGUUCCAGCUAAAUGUUCACGAUGACGUAACGAGUUGAGUUUACUGCCCGUCUGUGAUUAACAUUUUCAUUUUUACGUGCAUUUAAAAAUCUGAUGUUUCUUUGAGAAUGUUUGAUCAUAGGUGACCUCUGUCCGGACGCUGUACUGUGGAAUGCCGUGUCCAAAAUAAAUCUCCUCUUUGAAAAUUAAA